AUGAGAAAGCUGCUGCCCAAUGACCUCAAGGCUUCACCAAAUUCCACUGUUGUGGUUUCCGACUCUCCUUUACAGCAGCAUAGCUCGUUCCAGGAUCUUGUUGGCGUUCUCGAGUCUGAUGAUUCGAGCGAUCAGGAUGAUAUCUGGUCAUCCACCCACAGCAGUAGACUGGCAAGCCCAGAGGACAACCUGACAGGGAAAACAUCAAUCGACUCUCGCUUAUCUGGCUCACGCUCAGCCAAAGGGAGCCCAAGGAGAAGAUUAAGCCGCCGCAGUCGCUGGACCAGAUCCAGCCCCGAAGGGGCAGCGCUGGGAACCAUCGAAGAGACAGCGGCGGACAGACCGAAGCCAACCAUCGUUACAGUUGAGAGAGCGGCUGCUGCCAAGAUCUUUCUCGAAACCCACUUCAACGAGCUCUGCAGCGAGUUGCAGCGUCGCUCCAUCCGAUGCCAACAAUUUGCACACCAGCAGUUCAAAGAUGGGCUUUUCAACUCCCAAAACUUGGCUUCCGGAAACAGUGGUAUCAACUACAGCACGUUCUAUCACUCCGAGACCUCUCGCUUGAGGGACAUACGAUCUUUAAAGGCCAAAUGCACGAUUCAGGCCAAACGGCAAAACCCAAGCCCCUUUGCGUCCAGGUAUGAGCCCUUGAAGAUACUAGGAAAGGGCAGCUUUGGAGUUGUCAGGCUGGUACGCGAAAAGUCAGAGUCGCCAUAUACUUUUACGAAGCAAGUGUAUGCCAUGAAAGUCAUACGGAAAUCAGACAUGCUUCGAAGCAGCCAGGAGGGCCACCUGCGAGCCGAGAGGGAUUUUCUCGUUUCUUGUGAAGGAUCCAAUUGGGUGGUGCCACUGAUUGCGAGCUUCGAAGACAUGUCAAACCUCUAUCUUGUCAUGGAGUACAUGCCUGGAGGCGAUUUUUUGGGUUUGCUGAUCCGAGAAAACAUCCUGCAUGAGGCCGUGGCGUGCUUUUACAUUGCUGAGAUGAUACUGGCCGUCGAGGAAGCCCAUCGUCUUGGAUUCAUCCACCGUGAUAUCAAGCCUGACAACUUCCUUAUAUCCAGCUCGGGCCAUCUCAAGAUUUCCGACUUUGGGCUUGCGUUUGACGGACAGUGGCCUCAUGACGCCUCGUAUUACAAUUACCACCGAUAUUCGCUCUUGCAAAAACUCAAUGUCGAUGCGAAAGGAGACGAAAAAGAUCAAGAGGACGGAAAAAGCGUUCAAGCGCGGGUCGAGAAAGCUCAGGCUCUGACGGCUGAUCUCGGGCGACACGACGAGCACAACUUUGGAACUGGACAGGAUCUGGCUGUUGUCCUGGGAUGGAGGAAUACGUGUAGCAACCGCACGAGAGCCAACUCUGUCGUUGGCACAAGCCAGUACAUGGCUCCCGAAGUGAUUCAAGCACAAAACUAUCAGACCUACUACGACGGCAGAAAGCCUACGAAACAAAAUAUUCUGGCCCAUAAAGAGAGGUUUCGCUUCCCUGUCAGACCUUUGGUCAGCGACAAAUGCAAAGACCUGAUCUACCGCUUGAUCCAGGACAAGGAAGUCCGUCUCUGCUCCAAACGAUACCAAAUGCUUGACCAAAGCCAACCAGGGCAAGAGAUGCCUAUGGAUAUCUAUGGCCGAUACGUGUUCCCUGACGACGCCGAGGACAUCAAAGCGCAUCGAUUCUUCAGAAGCGUGCCGUGGGACAAUCUCCAGAACACGGCGCCACCCUUUGUCCCACGCAUCAAUAGCCUUGAGGACACCCACUAUUUUGACGAAUCCGAGCCUCUUGAUGAGCGAAUCGACUCGGCGACGGAAAAGCCUGGGCUGACGGACGAAGAGGUGCGGUGGAUUUUGCGAGAGUUUAGGCCGUGCGUACAGAACGUCGCGAUUCGGCUCAUCAACGUUCCAUAUGACUCUGGCGCUCUUCGCAGCAGAGACUUGGAGAUUGACUCGAUGACUGUAUUCGCAGAGGAAGAGAAGGAGCUCCUGAAGAGAUUCAUGAGGGAAUACGGGCGAAGAGUACCCAAGCGACCACGAGACAUCGUUCUACGAGACGAGAACAUGAAGGGUACGGCCAUGGAGGUGAGAAAGCAGAGCGCCUUCAUGGGCUACGCGUGGCAUAGCGUGAGGAAGAGGGCAUAUUGA